ACGAAACGCUACCUGACAGGACUCACUCUGGGAGAACGAACCCCUCUCUACUUCAGAAAAGCUCUCGCCGCCUCAUGUUAACGCGGGUCGCGGGACUCUCCGUUAAUAUGGCGGAGGACGACAGUUUACAAAGCCAAACAGAAGAUUCUGAGCCAGUCGUCAAUCGGUGGAUCCUGGAUUACUACAUCUUUCGGGCGCUGCAGUGUUUUGAAAGGAGUCAAUACCAAGAGUUCUGUUCCGUCAAGCUGCUGCUGGACCAGCUCCUAACACGUCCUGUGGAAAACAGUGGCAGCAUCCCCACAAAGAUUCAAGUCCUGCAGUUCCUCUCCUGGAUAAAUAACCAGGACAAUGAUGUGGUUUUUGAGCAAGUCACUUCUUUGGAGUCAGCCCUAUUGGUGCUGGAAGAUAUGAAAAAUGUUUGUAACAUCCCACAGCAAGAUUUCAAGAAGGUUUCCACUUCGAUUAAAGAGUUGAUUGUGGGAAUUUCCAUCAAAAGCAACAAGUUUGACCAGGCAAAGGAGAUGCUCCAAAAGCACUUUCCUCAACCAGUGAUCGGCAAGAAGGCGAUAUUCAUGGGACUCAUCAAGCAGAAACGCAGGAAUCAUGAAGUCAUUGAGCAGAUCAACUUCCAACAGUUUAAGGAGGAGAUGGUGGCUUUUUGCCAGUCGCUAGUUGCCAGUUGCUAUUUUGGCAUUCCCUUCCUCUGCAAGGCUGCAAAAGAGCUCAUUGAUAGAAGAAGUAUGGAGCAAGACAGCAGAGCAGCUGGAGCUGAGGAGCAUGACCGUCUCAGCUCCUCCAGUAGUCAGCAACAGAGUACUGGCCAGGUAGCAGCACGUCACUGUUCAGUGAUCCAGCGCGUCAGGCUGGAAGCAGCCUACACUGCCCUGGCCGUCGGUACAGAUCAGAAAACCUUUGCUCAGUUGGAGAAUGAGGUGGAGAUGGAGCGGCAGGAUAGAGAAUUCUGCCUGAAACUUUCCCCCGAGUCUCAGAGACAAGGUAACGUGGACUUGGAGCCUGACGGGCUGUUUCAGAGGGACUCGGGCAGCCCGAUGGAAGCCUCUCCGGCAGACCAAACGGAACAAACAGACGUCGUUCCUGAAACACAAGUGGGUUCGAAGACGCCGCCUGUGCUCCGGAGCAGGAAGUGUUUCAGCAUAGCACGGCUGGUGGUUGAACCGGACAGUCAGCCGAGCUCCCACGCCACCGUCGCAUCGCAGCAAAAACAGACGGAAGUCAGAGGUGAAAAUCCCGCACCGCCACUGACCGCGUCCAGAACAGAAAGCCCGCCUUGCACCGAACAAGACAGCAAUGUCGCUAUAAACACACGGAAUAGUCUCCAAUCCCAGAGCAGAAGAAACCGGAGAGCCAACAGAGCUUCAACCAGUCGGUCUACAAAGUCACCUGACAGAGAGGAGGACUCUCUGGACUCCAAGGACAACCGAGAAGCACAAAGUGGUUCACCCACAGGACUCGAAGAACAGUCAUCUGCAGAUGGUGAGAAACAGCAACAGGAAGCUGAGGCGUCCUCUAAAAGGUCCCAGAAGAAACAUGGGAAACGACCAGCCAGGACUCCUCCAAGCAACGAUGGAAGCACUGCAGAUGACUUGCACAUCUCAGACUCGUCGCUGGAUGGUUCAUCCAGUAUUGUCCCGCCCUCCGACCCAGUCCCUCAGAGCAGCUCCACACCUCACAAGAAUCAAGAGCCUUCACGUUCCAAAUGGAAAACAUUGCUCGAUAAUGCAAUAGAGAGUAAGGAGACCUGGGAUGAGGAAGACACUCCCUUCACUUCCAAAAACAAAAGACAGAAUGAGAGCACGCUCAACAAUUCAGGCAACAAGAGGAAGAAGUGGACGGACAGUGAGACGAAGAAGCUGAAAGAAGGGGUGAAAAAGUUUGGAGAGGGCAACUGGAGCAAGAUCAAGUCCUACUACUCCUUCCAUGAUCGCACCAACGUGAACCUCAAGGACAGAUGGAGAACCUUGCAAAAGCAAAAAGGCGGCUUGAGCUGAGCCCGCUCCCAGAAGCGUUUAUUCCACAAUUUGUAACGACAUCAUGGUCGCAUUCAGUUUUUGUUCUUUUUUUGUGUGUGUGUGUGGGGAGGAGCAAUCUUUGACGAGAUAUUCUUGUUGUAAAUCUAGUUUGUUGCCUUAAUUAUAUUUGCAACUGUUUCAAUAAAUGGUUAUGGUUCAAUUACA